UGGUCUUACGUCCGGACCAAGAUCUCUUCCUGGUCUGACGUAAUGACGUGCGUGGAGCAAGACUGGUCAGACAAACUACCUAUUAUUCGAAAGUCUCUACUGUUAUUAUUGUCAACAAAUCUCUUUGUGAUCAUUUUACACAAUCCCAACGUUGGCGAAGGAUAUUCACGGUAGUCAACUUGUUUUGGGGAAAGUUAUAUACGAGUUUGUGUAGGUAAAAGUCGCACGACACUGGCUGCCGGUCGGUUCCUAUGCGAUAGGGACAUGUUGUUAUCCAUUGUUUUGGACUUGUAGCGCUUGUUGUCUUCGUUCCCACACUAGAAUAGUGUCUCUCUCUCUCUCUCUCUGCGAUGGCCGAGGCGAGGAGAGUGGAGGACGAACAGCAGGAGAGUUUGAGAGGGGAACCGAGGGAACCUGUCGGAAGAAGACAGCCUCCACGACCGACCAACUCAUCUGGAGAGCGCUCAGAGAGGCAGAAAGACCACAGACUCAGCCAAGGACCUCUCUCCUCUAUCAGGGCCGCCAUUAAGAGGACGACGACUAGAUCCACUUCUGUGAGCGAGAGUACUCCCAGAGACCGGAGGCGUCCAGAGAUCACCAUCCUUUCAGCAGAGCCACUGGUGUCUAAUACCUGGUUCCCCGGGGCUUCUGGGGGAUUCCCUCCUCCUCCUCCUCCCGCCGCUCAGAUCUGGGGCAGUACUAUACCUCCUACUAUACAGCCUCCCCCCUCCUAUGAUGAGGUGAUUAGAGAGAAGAGACAGGAACAGGAUCAAGUGUUGCCUUCCUCCUCCUCACCCCUACACUCCGUCUCCACGACUACCAUCGCCACGCAGACUGACACCGGACCAGAAUCCUCAGUUCCAACCCACAGUCACGCCCCAGUCCAGAGAGGCUCAGUGGCCACCAGAGCUCCAAAACCUCCCAGACCUUCUUUCCCCUUUAUAUCCAAACCUGAUGACACGACGGGAGCUGCUACUGCUACUGUCGACCCUCCCCUCUUCCUAGAAAACAGUCCGGCACUACACACGCACACUCCGACCAGCAGACACACCGAGGACACCAGACCAGCAGCGUUUCACAGUGACCUCUUGACCUCUGAUCCUUUCUCACCUCUGACCUUUGCCUCUGGCAGCCAGACCGACCAAUGGGUGCAGUCCUCCUCGGUCCCACCCCCUCAUUCCACUGUUGCCUUGACAACUCCCUCCUCCCCUCCUCUGCUUCAUAACCGGCCCAGGCCACACCCUCGCACGAAGAAUAGCCUUCGACCAAUCAGGCGAGAGGUCAAGGUUCAGACCCUGGUGAGGCUGGGACAGACAGAAAGUGAGGUCACAGAGAACCAGGAAGUGAGGAAUCAGGAGGGGAAGUACCUUCAGGAGCUCCUGGACGCCUUCAGCUCAGACGAUUGGGGCUUCCCUGAUCACUAUAGCAACGACAACAGAGAGAGCGACUCGGAAGAAGAAGAAGAAGAGGAGGAAGAUAUGAGUACUCUGAGAGCCAGGAUACAAGCCUUCGAGCAGCAGCAACAGGCAGAGGACCACGGUAGCCAUGGAGACCACGGUAGCCAUGGAGACAACGGCGCGUCGCUAGGUCGGGGGAGACCUGAACCCCGUCACCGAGUCCAGCCGCCGUCCAAACCGGCCCCUCCCAUCGCCCCUAAACCCUCCCUCGCAACCAAGACCUCCUGCAAAGGAGUCUGGCAAGGAGGAGGCUCGGUGGCAAUCGACGUGAACUUGACUGUUGAUACAACCACCACACAGCCCAAACCCAGUGACCCCUCUCCCAAACCCAGUGACCCCUCUCCCAAACCCAGUGACCCCUCUCCCAAACCUAUUAAGACCACCUCAAGUACCCCUGUCCCUGCCCUUAACCCUAUUGUCCCAAUACCUGCACCCCGACCCCUGCUCCCUAGAAAGCCCCCCUCUGAACCCCAAAGACCAGACCGCCAGGCGAGGCAGACAGAAGGGACCCCCCCAAUUCUCUGUCCUCCUCCCAGACCUCCAGUAGCACCCAGGACUAAACCCUCCGUAGACCUCCACAGCACCAACACUAAACCCUCCGUAGACCUCCACAGCACCAACACUAAACCCUCCGUAGACCUCCACAGCACCAACACUAAACCCUCCGUAGACCUCCACAGCACCAACACUAAACCCUCCUUAGACCUCCACAGCACCAACACUAAACCCUCCGUAGACCUCCACAGCACCAACACUAAACCCUCCGUAGACCUCCACAGCACCAACACUAAACCAAGUGUUGCUCAGAAGCCCACUGCCAUGACGUCAUCCGGUCGAGCGAGUGCCCUACCAGAGAACAGGAGACCUUCUCUGCCGUCCAAACCCUCCAUUCAGACCUUAAUCCCAGCUCCAGUCCAGGCUACUCCCCCAACCUUAGCCCCAUCUCCAAACACAGCCCCAGUGGGAUCUACCCCCCCAGCCCCAGUGGGUUCUACCCCCCCAGCCCCAGUGGGAUCUACCCCCACAGUCUUACCCCCAGUCCCAGUGGGUUCUACCCCUCCAGUCUUAACCCCAGCCCCAGUGGGAUCUACCCCCCCAGCCCCAGUGGGAUCUACCCCCCCAGCCCCAGUGGGAUCUACCCCACCAGUCUUACCCCCAGCCCCAGUGGGAUCUACCCCCCCAGUCUUACCCCCAGCCCCAGUGCGGUCUACGCCCCCAGCCUUACCCCCAGCCCCAGUCCAAAGGAAAACCCCACCAGUCUCCACAGAGUCUGAACCUCCUCUUCCUCCUCGACCCCAGGGAGGGGUUAAGAUGCUCCCCCUCCGCCCCCCUCCCAUAAAGACUGUUCCUGGUCGACCCCCACCUCCCCAGGCUAUCUCUGCCCCCUCUACUAUAUCAUCCAAUCAGCCAUCCCCUCCCCAGGAUUUCUCUGCCCCCUCUACCACAUCAGCCGAUCAACAGGCUGUCCCCGUCCCCUCCAAUCAGGCGCAGGGUCAGAGGGCACCAAAGAGAGGCCCCCCUCUACCCCCCCGACCCAAGCCUGGACAUCCCCUGUACAAGAACUACAUGAAACAGGACGUCCUGGUUCUGUUGGAGAAGAUAGACUCCGCCCACGAUGACUGUCUCCUGGGGGAGGAGUCAGGUCGGGUUCAAGGGUCACACAUGACUGUCAUCAACCCUCUGUCUGACCAAUCACGGCCUCCCAACGACCAACACAACCAAUCGGAUCCCGCCUCGGAUGACAAGAGCCAAUUGAAGCCUCCCUCUGAACACAAGAGCCAAUCAGAACCUCCGUCCAUCCUCCCAUCUCAGACCAGUGUAGAGAAGACCCAGCUGGUUACAGCACCUGUCAGCGGUCCGAGGUGUGUGGCGCGGUUCGACUACGAGGGUGAGGAGGAAGACGAGCUGACCUUCUCCGACGGUGACGUCAUCGCUCUGACGGAGGUGAUUGAUCAGGAGUGGGGGCGGGGUCAGAUCCACGGGCGAAUAGGAAUCUUCCCCCUGGCCUUCACCGAGAUCCUGGAAGAACCACCCCCGUCGCCAGGGUUACAGACCAUUGUCGAGACAACUGAAUCCUCAGACAUUCCAGACCAGUGGGUUGUGGCUCUCCACGACUUCCCAGGUCAGACUGCAGAGGAUCUGUGGUUCCAGCAGGGGGCGCUGAUCAGAGUAACGCAGCGUAUCGACGCAGACUGGACCAGAGGAACACUGGACGGACGGGAGGGACUGUUCCCCACUACCUUCACACACACCUGUAACACAGCUCAGCCAAUGACGGGCCAGCCUGUGGCCAGGGGAGUGGCCAAGGUCCUGUUUGAUUUCAGUGGAGAGAGAGAAGAUGAGCUCUCACUGAAGGCAGGGGAGGUAGUAACAGAGGUGGUGACAGUAGAUGAGGAGUGGUAUCUGGCGGAUGCAGGAAGGAGACGAGGCCUGGUCCCCAAAAACUACCUGACACUGCUUCCUGACAGCUGCAAAUAGCCCUAUGUGAUAUAAUGGUCCACCAAGCAAAGGAGGUCCAACCAACUUGCGACAACUGUGGGAAGCAUUGGAGUCAACGUGGGCCAGUAUCACUGUGUGGAACGCUUUCCACACUUUUUGUAGAGUCCAUGUCCUGACGAAUUGAGGCCGUUCUGAGGGCAAGAGGGGGGUGCAAUUGAAUGUUAGCAAGGUGUUCCUGAUGUUUUGUCCACUGUGUAUAUAGCAGGUCUGUGUGGGUGUGUGAGGUACAGGGACUGAGAGAGAAAGUGUUUGUUAAGCGAAUGAAUGACUGUGUGUUGUAGUACUGAUGUGGUUGAUGAGCAUUCUGUUUACAUCUCAGUAUGAUAAGGAAUAGAUCGAAAACAGUUUGGCAAACUACCCUCCAUAUUGACACCAAACUACCCUCCAUAUUGACACCAAACUACCCUCCAUAUUGACACCAAACUACCCUCCAUAUUACAUCUCAGUACUUUACUUUGGUGCCAAAAUGGCAGCCGUUGUAAUUUUACAUGUGAAACCGUUUGCUGAAUCCUGUUGAAUCUAUCCCAGUAUCAGAAUGUCACCAGCAAGCCAGCCUUACAGCACAGUGCUUUUCAACCGUAGAAAUAUAAUUACUAGAAUGGUCAUCCACAUUCAAGUCUAUGGGCACGGGUGGUGCCGUGCCUUGAGUGUACCCAAUUGGGGUGCAGUUUGAUUGCCAUUUUCUGAAGGUCUGUUAAACCAUUCCAGUGGUUUGUAUUUCUUUUGUUUUUAACCUGAUCCUGUAUUUCAUAAGGUAACCUAGUGGUCACUUUCUAAUGAGGGGGGGGGGGG